CUGGGAGGCUUUCAUUUCUUGGUCCCUCUUGACAGGGGAAGUCGGGCAGCCAGGGGCCCGUUCCCCGGGAAAUGCUGGUGAUCUGGAUUCCGACGCUGGCUCUCUGGCUCUGCGUGUCCUUUACUGCUACAUUGACACAGGAGGCUUUUGCUGUUCACAAAGCCAUUUCCCAGCAGGGCACACUCUGGACUGGUGAGGUUUUGGAGAAGCUCGAGUGAGGGAAGAGCACUCUGAGAAAGUAGAAAAAUCAUUUCCACAGCUCUGCAGGGGAGCUGCAGCGUAGGAAUGCCCUGAAAGACGAGGGGGCAUGUGCUGGAUCAAGCGUGAUGUUUGCUGGGGAGAGUGUGGUGGUGCUGGUGCAUUUGUGGAUGACAGGAGCACUAAGACCAAGCUGAGAUCGAGUGAAGAGACUUGGCUUGGUGGCGUUUGCCAGCCCGGGGGAUGAUGGAGAUGGCAGAGCCGAAGCUUUUAGCCUGGUGCUCCCACUUAGUGAGCGGGCAAGGGCUGCAGAAGCCGGGGAGAAGGACUGUCAGGAGACAGUCAUAAAUCAUAGCACUUUCUCUGGUUUCUCUCAACUCACAGGCUCAACAGAAAGCACUAGUAUUGAAGAUAAUACAAGUUCUGCAUCCACACCCAGUUCAAGUGACUCUUUUACCACUUUUAGUGGCUAUGGGAUAUCAACCAAAUUUACUACUGUAAAACCCAUUGUCUCUGCCACCAUCUCAGAGGGCUCGAAAUAUACAACCUUCCACAGCAGCCAAGGCUCCAGUCACACAACACUCUUCCCUCACAGCACCACAAGCUCAGGCAUCACUGAAACAUCUAAACACGUCCACAACAGCACUGGCUCAACACACACAACACUGUCCCCUGCCAGUUCCACAAGCGCUGGCCUUCAGGAAGAAUCUGGAACUUUCCAGAGCUGGCCAAACUCAAAUGACACAACACCUUCACAUCCUAGCACCACAUCAGCCCCUGUUGAAGUAUCUACAACCUACCACAGCAGACAGACCUCAAUUACAACAACACAAUUUUCUGCCAGCUCAAAAACCUUGGACCAUGGUGAGGAAUCAACAAAAGUCCACAGCAGUGCAGAUGGAACUGGAACAACACUCUUACCUACCCGCUCCACAACAUCAGGCCUCAGUGAAAAAUCAACAACUUCCCACAGCAGCCCAGGCUCAACGGAGACAACAUUCUUCCCUGAAAGCACUACAACCUCAGGACGCAGUGAAGAAUCAACAACUUCCUACAGUAGCACAACUCACACACCAUCACCUCCUAGAACCACAUCUGCCCUUGUUAAAGAAUUUUCAAGUUACCACAGUAACCUGGGCUCUCCUGCAACAAAACACUUCCCUGACAGCUCCACAACCUCAGGCCAUAGUGAGGAAUCAACAGCAUCCCACAGCAGCCCAGACGCAAUGGAAACCACAUUCUUACCCAACCGCUCCACGGUCUCAGCUCUGCUUGGAGAAUCUACAACCUCACCCAUCAGUUCAGGCUCAGUGGAAACAACAAUGUUACCCAGCAGUACCACACCACCAGGCCUCAGGGACAAAACGACCACUUUCCACAGUAGCCCCAGAUCACCAGACACAACACUCUCACCUGCCAGCACGACAAGCUCAGCUGUCAGUGAAGAAUCCACCACCUCCCUCAGCCGACCAGGGUCAACGCACACAACGGCGUUCCCUGACAGCACCACCAUACCAGGCCACAGUCAGAAAUCGACAACUUCCCACAGCAGCCCAGGCUCAACAGACACAACACUGUUCCCUGGCAGGACCACAGCAUCAUCCCUUGGUCAAGAAUCCACAACCUUCCACAGCAGCCCAGGCUCCACUCAUACCACACUCUUCCCUGACAACUCCACAACCUCAGGCCUCCUUGAAGCAUCUACACCCGUCCACAGCAGCACUGGUUCACCAUACAAAACACUGUCCUCUGUCCGAUCUACAACCCAUCAGGGGGAACCUACCACCCUCAUGAGCUGGUCAAGCUCAAAUGACACUACGCCUACACCUCCUACUACCACAUCAGCCUUUGUUGAUGUAUCUACAUCCUACCAAAGCAGCCCGAGCUCAACUCCAACAAUCCACUUUUCUCGAGGCUCCACAAGCUUGGGCCGUAGUGAGGAAUCAACAAUAGUCCACAGCAGCCCAGAUGCAACUGGAACAACACCCUCACCUGCCCACUCCACAGCCUCAGGUCGUGGAGAAUCUACAAUCUCACCGAUCAGUCCAGUCGCAGCUGAAAUAACAACAUUACCUGGCAGUACCACAACAACAGGCCUCAGUGAGACAUCUACCACCUUCCACAGUAGCCCCAGAUCACCGACCACAACACUCUCACAUACCAGCAUGACAAGCCUAGGCGUCAGUGAAGAAUCCACCACCUCCCAUAGCCAACCGGGCUCAACUCACUCAACAGUGUCUCCGGCCAGCACCACCAUGCCAGGCCUCAGUGAGGAAUCUACCACCAUCUACAGUAGCCCAGGCUCAACUGAAACCACAGUGUCCCCUCGCAGCAGCAUGACCUCAAUUCGUGGGGAAGAAUCCACAACCUUCCACAGCCUGCCAGCCUCAACUCACGCAACACUGUUCACUGAGGUCACCACCACCUUGGGACACACUGCGAAAUCUACAGCCUUCCCCGGCAGCCUUGUCUCCACCCAAACAGUGUUACCUGCCACCCUCACAACCACAGACCUCGGUGAGGAAACAACAACCUUCCUCAGCACCUCAGGCUCAAGUGCAACAACCCUCCCACCUGCCCGCUCCACAACCUCAGGCCUUGUUGGACAAUCUACAAUCUCACCCAUGAGUCCAACCUCAACUGAUACAACAACAACUUUAUCUGGCAUUACCACAUCACCAAGCCUCAGUGAGAAAUCUACCACCUUCUACGCUAGCCUCAGGUCACCAGAUGCAACACUCUCACCUGCAACCACAACAAGCUCAGGCGUCAGUGAAGAAUCCAGCACAUCCCUUAGUCAACCAGGCUUAAAGCACACAACAGCCUUCCCCGACAGCACCACCAUGUCAGGCCUCAGUCAGGAACCUACAACUUCCCACAGCAGCCAAAGUUCAACAGACACAGCACUGUCCCCUGGCAGUACCACAGCCUCAUCCCUUGAUCAAGAUUUUACAACCUUCCCCAGCAGCCCAGGCUCCACUGAAACCACAGUCUCAACUGAAAACACCACAACCUCAGGCCUCGAUGAAGCAUCUACACCCAUCCACAGAAGCACUGGCUCACGACACACAACACUGUCCCCUGCCAGCUCCACAAGCCCUCAGGGAGGCCUUCAGGGAGAAUCUACCACCUUCCAGAACCACCCAGGUUCAACUCACACAGCACCUUCACCUCCUAGCACCACAACUACACUUGUUGAAGAAUCUACUACCGCCAACAGCAGCCCGGGCUCAACUGCAACAACACACUUCCCUGACAGCUUCACAACCUCAGGCCAUAGUGAGGAAUCAACAGCAUCCCACAACAGCCCAGAUGCAAUGGAAACCACAUUCUUACCCACCCGCUCCACGGUCUCAGUUCUUGUUGGAGAAUCUACAACCUCACCCAUCAGUUCAGGCUCAGUGGAAACAACAAUGUUACCCAGCAGUAACACAAUAGUAGGCCUCAGUGAGACAUCGACCACUUUCCACAGUAGCCCCAGAUCAUCAAACACAACACUCUCACCUGGCAGUAGGAGAAGCUCAGGUGUCAGUGAAGAAUCCACCACCUCCCUCAGCCAACCAGGGUCAAUGCACACAACGGUGUUCCCUGAAAGCACCACCAUACUAGGCCUCAGUCAGGAAUCUACAAUUUCCCACAGCAGCCCAGGCUCAAGAAACACAACAUUGUUCCCUGGCAGUACCACAGCAUCAUCCCUUGGUCAAGAAUCCACAAUCUUCCACAGCAGCCCAGGCUCCACUCACACCACACUUUUUCCUGACAACACCACAACCUCAGGCCUCGUUGAAGCAUCUACACCUGUCCACAGCAGGACUGGCUCAACACACACAACACUGUCCUCUGUCAGGUCUACAACCCAUCAGGGGGGAGCUACCACACUUGCCAGCUGGUCAGGCUCAAAUGACACUACACCUGCACCGCCUUCUACCACAUCAACAUUUGUUAAUGUAUCUACAGCCUACCAAAGCAGCCCGAGCUCAACGACAACAACUCACUUUUCUCUCAGCUCCACAAGCUUGGGCCAAAGUGAGGAAUCAACAAUAGUCCACAACAGCCCAGAUGCAACUGGAACAACACCCUCACCCACCCAUUCCACAGCCUCAGGCCACAGUGAGACAUCUACCACCUUACACAGUAGCCCCAGAUCACUGACCACAACAUUCUCACCUGCCAGCAUGACAAGCCUAGGCAUCGGUGAAGAAUCCACCACCUCCCAUAGCCAACCGGGCUCAACUCACUCAACAGUGUCACCGGCCAGCACCACCACACCAGGCCUCAGUGAGGAAUCUACCACCAUCUACAGCAGCCCAGGCUCAACUGAAACCACAGUGUCCCCUGACAGCAGCACAACCUCAAUUAGUGGAGAAGAAUCCACAACCUUCCACAACCGCUCAAGCUCAAGUGGAACAACACUCUCACCUGCCCGCUCUACAACCUCAGCCCUUGUUGGACAAUCUACAACCUCACCCAUGAGUCCAACCUCAACUGAUACAACAACUUUACCUGGCAUUACCACAUCACCAAGCCUCAGUGAGAAAUCUACCACCUUCUACACUAGCCCCAGAUCACCAGAUGCAACACUCUCACCUGCAACCACAACAAGCUCAGGCGUCAGUGAAGAAUCCAGCACAUCCCUUAGUCAACCAGGCUCAAAGCACACAAAAGCGUUCCCUGACAGCACCACCAUACCAGGCCUCAGUCAGGAACCUACAACUUCCCACAGCAGUCAAAGUUCAACAGACACAGCACUGUCCCCUGGCAGUACCACAACGUCAUCCCUUGAUCAAGAUUUAACAACUUUCCACAGCAGCCCAGGCUCCACUGAAACCACAGUCUCACAUGAAAACACCACAACCUCAGGCCUCAACGAAGCAUCUACACCCAUCCACAGCAGCACUGGCUCACGACACACAACACUGUCCCCUGCCAGCUCCACAAGCCCUCAGGGAGACGUUCAGGGAGAAUUUACCACCUUCCAGACCCAUCCAGGCUCAACUCACACAGCACCUUCACCUCCUAGCACCACAACUACCCUUCUUGAAGAAUCUACUAACGCCGACAGCAGCCCGGGCUCAACUGCAACAACACACUACCCUGACAGCUCCACAACCUCAGGCCAUAGUGAGGAAUCAACAGCAUCCCACAGCAGCCCAGACACAAUGCAAAACACAUUCUUACCCACGCGCACCACAGUCUCAGUUCUUGUUGGAGAAUCUACAACCUCACCCAUGAGUUCAGGCUCAGUGGAAACAACAAUAUUACCCGACAGUACCACAACACCAGGCCUCAGUGAGAAAUCGACCACUUUCCACAGUAGCCCCAGAUCACCAGACACAACACGCUUACCUGCCAGCACGAAAAGCUCAGGUGUCAGUCAAGAAUCCACCACCUCCCUCAGCCGACCAGGGUCAACACACACAACGGCGUUCUCUGACAGCACUACCAUACGAGGCUUCAGUCAGGAAUCUACAACUUCCUACAGCAGCCCAGGCUCAACUGACACAACACUGUUCCCCAGCAGGACCACAGCAUCAUCCCUUGGUCAAGAAUCCACAACCUUCCACAGCAGCCCACGCUCGACUGAAACCACAGUCUCACCUAAAAACACUACAACCUCAGGCCUUGAUGAAGCAUCCACUCCCAUCCACAGCACCACUGGAUCACGACACACAACACUGUCCCCUGUCAGCUCCACAAGCCCAGGCCCUCAGGGAGAAUUUACUACCUUCCAAACCCCCCCAGGAUCAAUUCACACAGCACCUUCACCUCCCAGCACCACACCUACCCUUGUUGAAGAAUCUACUACCGCCGACAGCAGCCCGGGCUCAACUGUAACAACACACUUCCCUGACAGCUCCACAACCUCAGGCCAUAGUAAGGAAUCAACAGCAUCCCACAGCAGCCCAGACACAAUGGAAACCACAUUCUUACCUACCCGCUCCACGGUCUCAGCUAUUGCUGGAGAAUCUACAACCUCACCCAUGAGUUCAGGCUCAGUGGAAACAACAAUAUUACCCGACAGUACCACAACACCAGGCCUCAGUGAGAAAUCGACCACUUUCCACAGUAGCCCCAGAUCACCAGACACAACACGCUUACCUGCCAGCACGAAAAGCUCAGGCUUCAGUCAGGAAUCUACAACUUCCUACAGCAGCCCAGGCUCAACUGACACAACACUGUUCCCCAGCAGGACCACAGCAUCAUCCCUUGGUCAAGAAUCCACAACCUUCCACAGCAGCCCACGCUCGACUGAAACCACAGUCUCACCUAAAAACACUACAACCUCAGGCCUUGAUGAAGCAUCCACUCCCAUCCACAGCACCACUGGAUCACGACACACAACACUGUCCCCUGUCAGCUCCACAAGCCCAGGCCCUCAGGGAGAAUUUACUACCUUCCAAACCCCCCCAGGAUCAAUUCACACAGCACCUUCACCUCCCAGCACCACACCUACCCUUGUUGAAGAAUCUACUAACGCCGACAGCAGCCCGGGCUCAACUGUAACAACACACUUCCCUGACAGCUCCACAACCUCAGGCCAUAGUAAGGAAUCAACAGCAUCCCACAGCAGCCCAGACACAAUGGAAACCACAUUCUUACCUACCCGCUCCACGGUCUCAGCUAUUGUUGGAGAAUCUACAACCUCACCCAUGAGUUCAGGCUCAGUGGAAACGACAAUAUUACCCAACAGUACCACAACACCAGGCCUCAGUGAGAAAUCGACCACUUUCCACAGUAGACCCAGGUCACCAGACACAACACCCUCACCUGGCAGCACGAGAAGCUCAGGUGUCAGUCAAGAAUCCACCACCUCCCUCAGCCGACCAGGGUCAACGCACACAACGGCGUUCCCUGACAGCAGCACCCUACCACAGGAAUCUACAACUUCCCACAGCAGCCCAGGCUCAACUGACACAACACUGUCCCCUGGCAGUACCACAGCAUCAUCUCUUGGUCAAGAAUCCAAAACCUUCCAUAGCAGCCCAGGCUUCCCUCACAUCACACUCUUCCCUGACAACACCACAACCUCAGGCCUCGUUGAAGCAUCUACGCCCGUCUACAGCAGAACUGGCUCACCACACACAACACUGUCCCCUAUCGGCUCUACAACCCGUCAUGGAGAAGCUACCACCUUGCUGAGCUGGUCAAGCUCAAAUGACACUACGCCUGCACCUCCUACUACCACAUCAGCCUUUGUUGAUGUAUCUACAUCCUACCAUAGCAGCCCGAGCUCAACUCCAACAACUCACUUUUCUGUCAGCUCCACAAGCUUGGGCCGUAGUGAGGAAUCAACAAUAGUCCACAGCAGCCCAGAUGCAACUGGAACAACACCCUCACCCACCCACUCCACAACCUCAGGUCGUGGAGAAUCUACAAUCUCACCCAUCAGUCCAGGCACAGCUGAAAUAACAAUGUUACCUGGCAGUACCACAACAACAGGCCUCAGAGAGACAUCUACCACCUUCCACAGUAGCCCCAGAUCACCGACCACAACACUCUCACCUGCCAGCGCGACAAGCCUUGGCGUCAGUGAAGAAUCCACCACCUCCCAUAGCCAACCGGGCUCAACUCACUCAACAGUGUCUCCGGCCAGCACCACCACGCCAGGCCUCAGUGAAGAAUCUACCACCAUCUACAGCAGCCCAGGCUCAACUGAAAACACAGUGUCCCCUGGCAGCAGCACGACCUCAAUUCGUGGGGAAGAAUCCACAACCUUCCAUAGCCUGCCAGCCUCAACUCACACAACACUGUUCACUGAGGACACCACCACCUUGGGACUCACUGAGCAAUCUACAGCCCUCCCCGGCAGCCUUGUCUCCACCCAAACAGUGUUACCUGCCACCCUCACAACCACAGACCUCGGUGAGGAACCAACAACCUUCCCCAACACCUCAGGCUCAAGUGCAACAACCCUCCCACCUGCCCGCUCCACAACCUCAGGCCUUGUUGGACAAUCUACAACCUCACCCAUGAGUCCAACCUCAACUGAUACAACAACAACUUUACCUGGCAUUACCACAUCACCAAGCCUCAGUGAGAAAUCUACCACCUUCUACACUAGCCCCAGAUCACCAGAUGCAACACUCUCACCUGCAACCACAACAAGCUCAGGCGUCAGUGAAGAAUCCAGCACAUCCCUUAGUCAACCAGGCUCAAGGCACACAACAGCCUUUCCCGACAGCACCACCAUGUCAGGCCUCAGUCAGGAACCUACAACUUCCCACAGCAGCCAAAGUUCAACAGACACAGCACUGUCCCCUGGCAGUACCACAGCCUCAUCCCUUGAUCAAGAUUUUACAACCUUCCCCAGCAGCCCAGGCUCCACUGAAACCACAGUCUCAACUGAAAACACCACAACCUCAGGCCUCGAAGAAGCCUCUACACCCAUCCACAGCAGCACUGGCUCACGACACACAACACUGUCCCCUGCCAGCUCCACAAGCCCAGGCCUUCAGGGAGAAUUUACCACCUUCCAAACCCACCCAGGAUCAAUUCACACAGCACCUUCACCUCCUAGCACCACAACUACCCUUGCUGAAGAAUCUACUAUCGAUGACAGCAGCACGGGCUCAAGUGCAACAACACACUUCCUUAACAGCUCCACAACCUCAGGCUAUAGUGAGGAAUCAACAGCAUCCCACAGCAGCCCAGACGCAACCACAUUCUUACCCACCCGCUCCACGGUCUCAGCUCUUGUUGGAGAAUCUACAACCUCACCCAUCAGUUCAGGCUCAGUGGAAACAACAAUAUUACCCGACAGUACCACAACACCAGGCCUCAGUGAGAAAUCGACCACUUUCCACAGUAGCCCCAGAUCACCAGACACAACACUCUCACCUGGCAACACGAGAAGCUCAGGUGUCAGUCAAGAAUCCACCACCUCCCUCAGCCGACCAGGGUCAACGCACACAACGGCGUUCCCUGACAGCACCACCAUACCAGGCUUCAGUCAGGAAUCUACAACUUCCCACAGCAGCCCAGGCUCAACUGACACAACACUGUCCCCUGGCAGUACCACAGCAUCAUCUCUUGGUCAAGAAUCCAAAACCUUCCAAAGCAGCCCAGGCUUCACUCACACCACACUCUUCCCUGACAGCACCACAACCUCAGGCCUCGUUGAAGCAUCUACGCCCGUCUACAGCAGGACUGGCUCACCACACACAACACUGUCCCCUGUCGGCUCUACAACCCGGCAGGGGGAAGCUACCACCCUCGCGAGAUGGUCAAGCUCAAAUGACACUACGCCUGCACCUCCUACUACCACAUCAACCUAUGUUGAUGUAUCUACAUCCUACCAUAGCAGCCCGAGCUCAACUCCAACAACCCACUUUUCUGUCAGCUCCACAAGCUUGGGCCGUAGUGAGGAAUCAACAGUAGUGCACAGCAGCCCAGAUGCAACUGGAACAAAACCCUCACCCACCCAUUCCACAGCCUCAGGUCGUGGAGAAUCUACAAUCUCACCCAUCAGUCCAGGCGCAGCUGAAAUAACAAUGUUACCUGGCAGUACCACAACAACAGGCCUCAGAGAGACAUCUACCACCUUCCACAGUAGCCCCAGAUCACCGACCACAACACUCUCACCUGCCAGCGUGACAAACCUAGGCGUCAGUGAAGAAUCCACCACAUCCCAUAGCCAACCGGGCUCAACUCACUCAACAGUGUCUCCGGCCAGCACCACCACGCCAGGCCUCAGUGAGGAAUCUACCACCAUCUACAGCAGCCCAGGCUCAACUGAAAACACAGUGUCCCCUGGCAGCAGCACGACCUCAAUUCGUGGGGAAGAAUCCACAACCUUCCAUAGCCUGCCAGCCUCAACUCACACAACACUGUUCACUGAGGACACCACCACCUUGGGACUCACUGAGCAAUCUACAGCCCUCCCCGGCAGCCUUGUCUCCACCCAAACAGUGUUACCUGCCACCCUCACAACCACAGACCUCGGUGAGGAACCAACAACCUUCCCCAACACCUCAGGCUCAAGUGCAACAACCCUCCCACCUGCCCGCUCCACAACCUCAGGCCUUGUUGGACAAUCUACAACCUCACCCAUGAGUCCAACCUCAACUGAUACAACAACAACUUUACCUGGCAUUACCACAUCACCAAGCCUCAGUGAGAAAUCUACCACCUUCUACACUAGCCCCAGAUCACCAGAUGCAACACUCUCACCUGCAACCACAACAAGCUCAGGCGUCAGUGAAGAAUCCAGCACAUCCCUUAGUCAACCAGGCUCAAAGCACACAACAGCCUUUCCCGACAGCACCACCAUGUCAGGCCUCAGUCAGGAACCUACAACUUCCCACAGCAGCCAAAGUUCAACAGACACAGCACUGUCCCCUGGCAGUACCACAGCCUCAUCCCUUGAUCAAGAUUUUACAACCUUCCCCAGCAGCCCAGGCUCCACUGAAACCACAGUCUCACCUGAAAACACCACAACCUCAGGCCUCGAAGAAGCCUCUACACCCAUCCACAGCAGCACUGGCUCACGACACACAACACUGUCCCCUGCCAGCUCCACAAGCCCAGGCCUUCAGGGAGAAUUUACCACCUUCCAAACCCACCCAGGCUCAACUCACACAGCACCUUCACCUCCCAGCACCACAAUUACCCUUGUUGAAGAGUCUACUACCGCCGUCAGCAGCCCCGGCUCAACUGCAACAACACACUUCCCUGACAGCUCCACAACCUCAGGCCAUAGUAAGGAAUCAACAGCAUCCCACAGCAGCCCAGACACAAUGGAAACCACAUUCUUACCCAGCCGCUCCACGGUCUCAGCUCUUGUUGGAGAAUCUACAACCUCACCCAUCAGUGCAGGCUCAGUGGAAACAACAAUAUUACCCGACAGUACCACAACACCAGGCCUCAGUGAGAAAUCGACCACUUUCCACAGUAGCCCCAGAUCACCAGACACAACACUCUCACCUGGCAGCACGAGAAGCUCAGGUGUCAGUCAAGAAUCCACCACCUCCCUCAGCCGACCAAGGUCAACGCACACAACGGCGUUCCCUGACAGCACCACCAUACCAGGCUUCAGUCAGGAAUCUACAACUUCCCACAGCAGCCCAGGCUCAACUGACACAACACUGUCCCCUGGCAGUACCACAGCAUCAUCUCUUGGUCAAGAAUCCAAAACCUUCCAAAGCAGCCCAGGCUUCACUCACACCACACUCUUCCCUGACAGCACCACAACCUCAGGCCUCGUUGAAGCAUCUACGCCCGUCUACAGCAGGACUGGCUCACCACACACAACACUGUCCCCUGUCGGCUCUACAACCCGGCAGGGGGAAGCUACCACCCUCGCGAGAUGGUCAAGCUCAAAUGACACUACGCCUGCACCUCCUACUACCACAUCAACCUAUGUUGAUGUAUCUACAUCCUACCAUAGCAGCCCGAGCUCAACUCCAACAACCCACUUUUCUGUCAGCUCCACAAGCUUGGGCCGUAGUGAGGAAUCAACAGUAGUGCACAGCAGCCCAGAUGCAACUGGAACAAAACCCUCACCCACCCAUUCCACAGCCUCAGGUCGUGGGGAAUCUACAAUCUCACCCAUCAGUCCAGGCGCAGCUGAAAUAACAAUGUUACCUGGCAGUACCACAACAACAGGCCUCAGAGAGACAUCUACCACCUUCCACAGUAGCCCCAGAUCACCGACCACAACACUCUCACCUGCCAGCGUGACAAACCUAGGCGUCAGUGAAGAAUCCACCACAUCCCAUAGCCAACCGGGCUCAACUCACUCAACAGUGUCUCCGGCCAGCACCACCACGCCAGGCCUCAGUGAGGAAUCUACCACCAUCUACAGCAGCCCAGGCUCAACUGAAAACACAGUGUCUCCUGGCAGCACCACAACCUCCAUUCAUGGUGAACAAUCUACAGCUUUCCCUGGCAGCCCACGCUUCACCGAAAUAGUGUUACCUGCCACCCUCACAACCACCGACCUCGGUGAGGAAUCAACAGCCUUCCAUAGCAGCUCAGACGCAACUGGAACAACACCCUUACCUCCCCACUCCACAACCUCAGCUCUCGUUGAAGAAUCUACAACUUUCUACAUGAGCCCAUCCACUACUUACACAACCCUCUUUCCUGCCAGUUCCAGCACAUCAGGCCUCACUGUGGAAUCUACCACCUUCUACACCAGUCCAAGCUUCCCUUUUACAAUUGUGUCUACUGAAAGCCUGCAAACAGUGCCAGGGUCAUGCCAGGAAGGACAAAUCUGGAAUGGAAAACAAUGCGUCUGUCCCCAAGGCUACGUUGGUUACCAGUGCUUGUCCCCUCUGGAAUCCUUCCCUGUAGAAACCCCGGAAAAACUCAAUGCCACUUUAGGUAUGACAGUGAAAGUGACUUACAGAAAUUUCACAGAACAGAUGAAUGACUCAUCCUCCCAGGAAUACCAGAACUUCACUAACCUCUUCAAGAAUCGGAUGGAUGUCGUUUUGACGGGCGACGAUCUUCCACAGUAUAGAGGGGUGAACAUUCGGAGAUUGCUCAACGGUAGCAUCGUGGUCAAGAAUGAUGUCAUCCUGGAGGCAGACUACACUUUAGAGUAUGAAGAACUGUUUGAAAACCUGGUAGAGAUUGUAAAGGCCAAGAUUAUGAAUGAAACCAAAACAGCUCAUGAUCCUGAUUUGUGCAGAGAGGCCAUACUGUGCUAUAGUGAAGAGGACACUUUCGUGGAUUCAUCGGUGACACUGGGCUUUGACUUCCAGGAGCAAUGCACCCAGAAGGCUGCCAAAGAAUAUGCCCAAUUCUACUAUGCGGAUGUCUUGGAUGGGAAGCUGGCCUGUGUGAACAAGUGCACCAAAGGAACGAAGUCCCAAAUGAACUGUAAUCUGGGCGUGUGUCAGCUGCAACGCAGUGGCCCCCGCUGCCUGUGCCCAAAUACAGACACACACUGGUACUGGGGAGAGACCUGUGAAUGGAACAUCGCCAAGAGCCUCGUGUAUGGCAUCGUGGGGGCUGUGGUGGCGGUGCUGCUGCUCUCAUUGAUCAUCCUGGUCAUCUUAUUCAGCCUAUCCCAGAGAAAACUGCACAGGCAACAGUAUGAUAUGCCUCAAGAGUGGCGAAACGAAGGCACCCCUGGCACCUUCCAGAGGACGGCCAUCUGGGAAGACCAGAAUCUGAGGGAGAGCGGAUUCGGCCUCGAGAACGCCUACAACAACUUCCGGCCCACCCUGGAGACUGUUGACUCAGGCACAGAGCUCCACAUCCAGAGGCCGGAGAUGGUAGCAUCUGCUGUAUGAGCCAGUGGGGGCCUCCCACCCUCAUCUAUCUCUGGACAGGAGAGCGGCACACAUAGAGCCCACCACAGACCGCAGUCCCCCGGGGUUGGUCAAGAGGAGACUGAAGUCGGGCCCUGAAGCUGGUCCUGAUCUGAGCUGACAGACUUGGCCAGUCCCGGGCCUGUGCUCCUGCUGGGGGCUAUGAGGCCUUCCAACUAGGAGCCCCCAGACUCCCAGAAGCCUCAGCACCCCUGUCUCCUCCUGGGUGACUCCCCACUCUGGAAUUUCCCUACCAAUAAAAGCAAAUCUUAAAGCUCA